UUUCAAAUCACUACACCCCUCCACUGCCUAUUUCUUUGUCCAAAUAAACAAUAGAUUCUUUAUGAAAUAGAGGGAACUUUCCUUUUCCACAGCCUUCUUGUCCCUAUUAUAUUUCUCUCUCUCCUUUGAAAUCUUUUUCUUUACCUAGAUUCUGCCAUUUAUUUCUUGCUUUUUUUUUCUUUAUUUUAAAAUAUUUUGAGAGAAAGAGAGUCGUCUAGUUUUGAGGUUGGGGUUAGCCUACUUGAGGGAAAGUGCUCACUAUGGGUGUUGGGUUCACAGGGGGCUUUUGCUUGCCUUAUAAGUGAUGUUUUUAAUGCUCAUCGUAACUUUUUUUGAAGUUUCAUGUGUCUAAAUACUGGUGCUUUGGGAUGUGUGUUUGAAGUUUCUUCCCUUGGGUAGGGUGACUUUCUUGCUCUCUCUGUCUCUCUCUACAGGGGAGUUAAUGGUUGUAGUUGUACAACAGUAUAGGGUUUAGGGGUUUGUAAUUUGUUGAUUUUAGUCAAGGAUUUUGGUUGCAGGUGGGGACUGAAGAUCUGAGUGUGCUUUCCUGGCUUCACUAAUUUAUUUUAUUUAAAAGAUCACCAUUAUUGCUUCACUUUCAAGUUGCUAUUUGGUCCUUCUGUUUUCUGAUAUCUGAGUUGUUUUGUGCUACAAGUUUCUUUCUUUUAACUUUCUUUUUGUGUAGUGGGCACCGCUUACAAAAUCAAUUGGGGGUUCUGAGUCCCAUGCUUAGUGUUCUUGAGAUUUGAAUUCUGGUGGGGAUUGGUGCUCCAUUAAAUUUACUUCUUUUUGUUGCUUCAUUUGCAAUUUGCAGCUUGCAAUUGCGUUUCCUUCUUGAGGUCCUUUUGGGAUGUCAAAGAGCAAGUUUCAUUUGGGUUUGUUCUUGAAAAGUACUGCCUGCCCCAAAACAUACCAGCUUCAAUUGAGGGGUUUUGGCUUCGUUUGAGCUGCGGCUAGGUUUUUGUUUCUGUAAUGAUGGUCUUGGACAUUGUUACAAUGACUUUCCUCAAAUGGGUAUUCUUUGCUUGUUUUCUUUGUUCAUCUUUGGGUCUCAAAACCUCAUCCCAGUCCUGUGAUCCAAGUGAUUAUUUGGCACUGAGAGAAUUUUCCGGAAACCUCACAAAUGGGUCCAUUGUUACAGCAUGGUCCAAAGAGGCUAAUUGCUGCCAAUGGGAUGGUGUUGUUUGCGGAAAUAAUGGCAAUGGUUCGACUGGUAAUAGGGUAAUUAAGCUAAUUCUGCCUAGGAAGGGUCUCAAAGGGAUAAUAUCGCAAUCUUUGGGCCGUUUGGAUAAACUGAAAUCGCUUGAUCUCUCAUGCAAUCAUCUUCAAGGUGGAUUGCCUAUGGAGUUCUCAAGCUUGAAGCAGCUGGAGGUUGUUGAUUUGAGCCAUAACAUGUUGUCAGGACGGGUUUCUGGGGUGCUUUCUGGUUUGUUGUCUAUGCAGUCACUGAAUAUUUCUAGCAAUCUGUUCAAAGAGGAUUUGUUUGAACUUGGGGGAUUUCCAAAUCUUCUUGUAUUCAAUGUGAGCAACAAUUCAUUUACUGGCCGAAUCCCUCCCCACAUUUGCAGCUCCUCUAGUGGGAUUCGGUUUCUUGAUUUGUCAAUGAACCAUCUUGUUGGCAAUCUUGAAGGCUUGGAUAAUUGCAGCACAUCUCUCCAGCAAUUGCAUUUGGAUUCCAAUUCACUUUCAGGCUCUCUUCCGGAUUCUUUGUACUCACUGUCAGCUCUGCAGCAAUUCUCAAUCUCCAACAACAACUUAUCUGGCCAGUUAAGCAAAGAAUUGAGUAAGCUUUCUAGCCUCAGAACCUUGGUUAUUUAUGGAAACCGGUUUUCAGGCUAUAUUCCAAACGUGUUUGGUAACCUUACCCAGCUAGAACAACUUGUUGCACAUUCAAAUAUGUUUUCCGGGCCAUUACCUUCAACACUGGCAUUAUGCACAGAGCUCUGCAUACUUGACCUGAGAAAUAAUUCUCUAACUGGUCCAAUCGAUCUUAAUUUCACUGGAAUGCCUAGCCUUGGUACUCUUGAUCUUGCCAGUAAUCAUUUGUUUGGCCCCCUUCCAAAUUCCCUGUCUGAUUGCCAAAAACUGAAAGUUUUGAGUCUGGCUAAGAAUGAGUUAACUGGCCAUAUCCCCAAUAGUUUUGCAAAGCUCACAUCCAUUCUGGUUCUCACUUUAUCAAACAAUAGUUUUUUUGACCUAUCUGGAGCAUUAUCUGCACUGCAGCAGUGCAAAAAUCUCUCUACUCUUAUCCUCACAAAGAAUUUCAUUGGUGAAGAAAUUCCCAGAAAUGUGAGUGGAUUUGAGAAUUUAAUGGUGUUAGCCCUGGGAAAUUGUGCUCUCAAAGGCCAAAUUCCAGCUUGGUUGUUAAGUUGCAGGAAGUUACAAGUUCUGGAUUUGUCAUGGAAUCAAUUGGAUGGCAGCAUACCUCCUUGGAUUGGUCUGAUGGAGAAUUUAUUUUACUUGGACUUCUCAAAUAACUCUCUCACUGGGAAGAUCCCAGAAAGUUUGACCGAGCUGAAGAGCCUCAUUUCCCUGCAUUGCAGUAUAUCCAAUGUUUCUGCUGGUGUUCCGCUGUAUGUAAAGAGAAAUCGGAGUGCUAGCGGUUUGCUGUACAACCAACCUACAAGUUUUCCCCCCUCGCUACUUUUGAGUAACAAUAGAAUAAAUGGGGCAAUUUUGCCCGAAAUUGGACGGUUGAAACAGCUCCAUGUCUUAGAUUUGAGCAGGAAUAGUAUAACUGGGACCAUACCUAGCUCCAUAUCAGAAAUGGAGAACUUGGAAACUUUAGAUUUGUCAUCUAAUGAUCUGUAUGGGUCAAUUCCCCCAUCAUUUGAGAAACUCACAUUCUUAUCCAAGUUUAGUGUGGCUAAUAAUCACUUGAAGGGGCAAAUUCCAGCUGGAGGGCAGUUCUCUAGCUUUCCAAGUUCGAGCUUUGAGGGCAACCCAGGACUAUGUGGAGGAGUAGUUUCUCCUUGUAAUGUCAUUACCAAUAUGUUGAAGCCUGGUAUUCCAUCUGGUUCAAACGGUAGAUUUGGUAGAGGAAACAUUGGAAAUAUCCUGGGGAUAACAAUCACUGUGGGAGUGGGGCUUGCACUGAUCCUUGCGAUUGUUUUGCUUAAGAUGUCAAAGAGGGAUGUGGGAGAUCCAAUUGAGGAUUUGGAUGAGGAAAUCAGCUGGCCACACAGAUUAUCUGAAGGCCUUGGGUCUUCCAAGUUGGUGCUAUUUCAGAAUUCAGAUUGUAAGGAUCUUACAGUUGCAGACUUGUUGAAGUCUACAAAUAAUUUUAACCAAGCAAAUAUCAUUGGUUGUGGUGGAUUUGGCCUGGUUUACAAGGCCAACCUUCCCAAUGGUACCAAAGCAGCAAUCAAGAGGCUUUCUGGGGACUGUGGUCAGAUGGAACGUGAAUUUCGAGCUGAAGUGGAAGCACUUUCAAGGGCUCAACACAAGAAUCUUGUUUCUCUUCAAGGUUAUUGCCGUCAUGGUAAUGACAGAUUAUUGAUUUAUUCAUACAUGGAGAAUGGAAGUUUGGAUUAUUGGCUACAUGAGUGUGUUGAUGGAGCUUCAUUUCUUAAAUGGGAUGUGAGACUCAAGAUAGCGCAAGGUGCAGCAUCUGGGUUAGCUUAUCUGCACAAAGUUUGUGAGCCACAUAUAGUUCAUCGGGAUGUGAAAUCUAGCAACAUACUUUUAGAUGAAAAAUUUGAAGCUCAUUUGGCCGAUUUUGGCCUCUCAAGGCUACUUCGUCCCUAUGAUACUCAUGUUACAACGGAUUUGGUUGGCACUUUAGGCUAUAUUCCUCCUGAAUAUAGUCAGACAUUGACAGCAACCUGCAGGGGUGAUGUUUACAGUUUUGGUGUUGUUCUUCUUGAGCUCGUUACUCGUAGAAGGCCUGUGGAAGUUUGCAAAGGAAAAAACUGCAGGGAUCUAGUCUCUUGGGUGUUUCAGAUGAAGUCUGAAAAAAGGGAGGCAGAUGUUGUGGACUCAUCAAUUUGGGACAAAGAUCUCGAGAAGCAGCUGUUUGAAAUGCUUGAAAUUGCCUGUAGAUGCUUAGACCAAGAUCCUAGGCGGAGACCCCUCAUUGAUGAGGUUGUUUCAUGGCUUGAUGGUAUUGGAAUUCAGAGUUCUCAACACUGAAUUUUGUUACUGCAUUUUGAUUCAUGGCCAUUAGCUUCAGUUGGAAGGAAGGUAUACCUGUAAAGCAAACACUAUUCCAAGUUUCUAUAAGAUUGGAGCAAGUCUUGACCAAGCACCUUAUGUUCUUUGUCCUCCAUAGAAACAAUCUUUAGUACUGUAUAUUGACAAAAGUGCUGUGUAUAAAUAGGCUCUUUUGGCCCUUUUUAUGUCAGCAAUAAGCAUCAUAAAAUAUCUUGUUUCUCUCUGUA